GCUCCGGCUCAGAGGGAGGGUUUAGUGUUUAGUAGUCCUGUCAUGAUCUUUAUUCCUGAAAGCAACCAUGUAGCGGUGUGACUGAGUGUGCGUGCGUGUGUGUGUGUGUGAUCUGUUAAUGAUCUCUUCUUCAUCUGAGAUGAAUCCUACACAUAAAGAUGUUGACGUUUCACUUCCUAAAGAUUGAUGGCUAAUAGUAAAAGAUAUCCACUGACUUUGAAGAUGAUUAUUGCGAAGGAGACGACCGACACUGCAUGAUCAAUUUUAAAAGGAAUAACAGACCUUGGAUUUCAGUAGAUGGCUAAAAUGUGUUGGUGUGUCUAUGUGUGCCUGUGGUUAGCUGUGGUACUGCUCCCUACACUACAAGAUAAAGUGACUGCCCCGGCUCACCUACAGUCAACGCUGGGUCGCACUGCAACACUAGGCUGUAACGUGACCAUAGUAGGCAAUGAAGUUCUCAAACAGGUUCGCUGGCUGGAUUUGCACAACGAAAGUGUCCUUUCUUACCAGCCUGAGAAACCCGAGAGCCUCACCAAGAGAGAAGGUGUGGAGCUCCUCGACCAAAAAACGCACUCGAGUGCUAUUGCCAUUGAGAAGACCAAGCCAGGGGAUGAAGGCUGCUACUCAUGCGUGUUUUACGUGUACCCAACGGGACAGCAGUGGGGGAAGACAUGCCUCCUUUUAAAAGCAAAAGCAGAGUCGUUAGGCAACAAGACAGCAGUGCACGGGAAGCAUGUGACACUUUCGUGCACUUAUGCACUCGCCAAAAAGGUCCGUCAGAUACUGUGGAGGAAAACGGAGGAGCAGGGCGAUACCGCCAUUGUGGCUUCGUACACCAAGAACAGCAAACCGAUCGUGGAGCUGCCGUUCCGAGAGCGGGUGAAACUGAGUCAGACUUUGGGACACAGCGAGUUAACCAUUGACCCCGUCCAAAUGGAGGAUGAGGGAUGUUACACCUGUGAUUUCCACACCUACCCCGAGGGCUUGAGGAGCGCCACAGCAUGUCUGGCUGUCUACGUCCUGCCCAAACCUGAGGUGAGCUACACCACCACGGAGAAAGGGGUAAUCCAGGCCAACUGCUCAGCCGUGUCUCGUCCUCCUACAGAACUCGUCUGGAACGUGGAGGGUCAUAACCGCACGCUGGCGGCCUCCGAGACCUCGGUUUACCAGCAGGGAGACGGCACUACACUGGUGGUCACCACCAUACAGUUUCAGUCCAGACUGCUGGACGAGGAGCAAGUUACGUGUACGGCGCUCCAUCAGGGCCUGGAUGCGAGCGUUUCUGUCACACUGAACAAGGCUGGAUUUAAGAAGAUCAUCAUCAUCUCAGUCGUGAUAUCCGUGCUCGUGCUGCUCGUAUGUCUGUGUUUGUGCAUGAAGAGGCGCUAACAGCGUACUCCGAGAGGUAUUUAGACUGAGAUGAAGUCUGCUGCUAUGAAUGGAAAAAGCCACAGCCACAGUCAUUAGAUAGAUAGAUAGAUAGAUAGAUAGAUAGAUAGAUAGAUAGAUAGAUAGAUAGAUAGAUAGAUAGAUAGAUAGAGUUUUAUGAAUGUAUGAGUUUUAUAAAUGUACUAAUGAGUGUGUGUUUUUUUAAUGGCAAUUUAAACUAAAAUGUUAUCACUGGAAACAAAAUCUUUGCUGUUUUGAUGUAGAUUUCAGUCAUUAACAUUGUUAAUAUAUAUUAAAUGUUGUUAAUAGUCAGUGAGAAGCGUUACACUCCCUGCUUCUGCAUCUCCACUAGAGGGAAGUGUCCCGUGUUUUUCUACACUGCAGGGAUAAAGCUGACUCUGUGGCUUUCGUUGGAGGAACACAAGAGGAUUUAGUCAUAUAUUUCUUUGGAACUAAAUAAUAUUAAUAAAAUUAUAAAAUUAACAGUGAGUCCACAUUGUGAACCUGUUACACCAAGAAAGUUCAAGCUCUUUUGUUAAAGGCUAUGAAUAGAAACAGAGAUGUGACUAUUUUAAUAAACUCCUUAUUAUAUUCUC